AUGGGUGCGAAACGAUAUGGUCAUUUUAUGCAGCUGUGCCUGCUAUGUUGGGCGUGCAUCGCGUGGCGAUCAGCGGAAGCGAAGCUGCGGGCGCGCGGCGGUCGCUUCACUCGCGACCUCUCGGAUUACGAUGCAAUGGUGCCGCGCAAAGUGGACGCCGAGGGCGCCUUCCAGUCGUACGACCUACCGCAUUUCUACAAUCUGGAGGAGGCCCGCACGCGUUCGCGGCGAGGCGCGACGGAGGAGGCCGCUCACGUGCGCUACGAGCUGUCCCUGGGCGGGCGAGCACGCGUCGUCGAGCUGUGGCCCAAUCACGCCUUUCUGUCACCGGGAUUGGUGGUGGAGCGCCGACGCCGCGACCUGUGGCGCGGAGAUCCCAGCUUGCGGCGCGCCAGGCGCGACCAGUGCCACUAUGUUGGGCACGUGCGCGGCGUGCCCGAGUCGCGUGCCGCGGUCUCCGCCUGCCUCGACGGUCUCGUCGGCUACGUGCACACCGGCGAUGACCGGUACUUCGUGGAACCUCAGGCAGAGGCGCGACCUGACGCGUCAGGAAGGCACGUGCACGUGGUGUUUCGCGCGGACAACUCAACGCAAGGCCGGCUGCGGCGCGGGAAGGAGGACGAAAACGACUUUGGUGGCGGCGGCAGCAGCGGGUUCUGUGGCAUCCGUGGCUCUUGGCAAAGUGCGUGGCAAGAGAGAUUUGCCCGUGAGAUAGAGGCUAACCCCCAUUUUCCAAAAGUGUUGGAAAAUUCGGGGAACUCUACACUCUUUGCACGUUUUUUGGAGCUUCUUGUCGUAGUAGACAAAAAGUUUAUUGAAUUCCAUAAAGAUCAUGAUACCGAAAACUAUAUACUUACAUUGAUGAACAUGGUAUCCAAUUACUAUCGCGAUGCGUCGUUGGGUCGGACGCUGGAAGUAGUAGUCGUGCGAAUAAUAUUACUCGAGAAAGAAGAGGAAGAACUAGACCUGACAAUCAGUUCUAAAGCUGAGGAAACACUGUCAAGCUUUAAAAUUUGGGCACAGCGUAUUAACCCCGCAGACCCGCGCCAUCCCAACCAUCACGACAUAGCGGUUUUGAUUACUCGCUUUGACAUUUGCACAGAGAACGAUUCCACAUGCAGCAUCCUAGGACUAGCAACCAUGGUGGCGGCAUGCCAGCCCGAGCACGCAGCUUGCAUCAGCGUAGAUUCCGGGCUGUCGACAGGUAUGACCAUCACGCACGAGCUGGGCCACAUCAUGGGAUGCGCGCACGACGAAAACAUGCAAGACGGUGGGCCGGGUUGCUCGCCGGUGGCGCCCGAUGGAACGGCCCACGUGAUGGCAGCACAAAUGUCGCCGCGCUCCGCCGCCUGGUCCAAUUGCAGCAGGCGGUUCAUCGGCGCGUUGCUAGACGGAGGCAUGGGCGAAUGCCUGCUCGACGAGCCGUCGGGUCAUCUGUACCAAGGGCUCGAUAUGCCUCCGGGAGCCAUGUACGACGCCGGCUACCAGUGCAAGGACGCGAUGGGCUCGGAGGAAAUCUGUCCUUGGAAAAAGGACGAGCUGUGCCGGGCGCUGUGGUGCAGGACGUCAAGUAAGACGUGCGCGACGCCUGGCAAACCGGCGGCGGACGGCACGAGCUGCGGCGAAGGCAAAUGGUGUUUCGCGGGCGCGUGCGUUCCCAUGGGCGCCCGGCCAGCGUCCGAGGACGGCGCAUGGGGGCCGUGGGGCGCGUGGAGCGAGUGCUCGCGGACGUGCGGCGCGGGCGUGGAGGCGAGCCAGCGCCGCUGCGACAGCCCCGCGCCGCGCAACAGAGGCCGCUACUGCCUGGGCGAGCGUAAGCGAUACCGCGUCUGCAACGCGGAGCCGUGCGACUGGCGCCAGCCCACAUUCCGCGAAGUUCAGUGUUCGGAGUUCGACGACAAACCCUUCAGCGGCAAGCUGUACAAGUGGAAGCCAUAUACGCACGUGAAGGGUAGCGAGUGCGAACUGCUUUGCUACAACGAUGUGCCCUUCUACGCGUCUUUGGCUCCACUCGUCAAGGACGGCACCCACUGCCGGAAGGGAUCGCAUGAUAUCUGUGUAGGUGGCCAGUGCGUACCGGUCGGUUGCGACUGGGUACUGGGCUCGAACACUGUGGAAGACAUGUGUGGGGAAUGUGGCGGAGACAGUUCCACCUGCCAGUUUAAAGAAUCUGUUUACAAAACGAUUAACGGUAAGGGAUAUGAGGUUAUUGCGACCGUGCCGCAGGGUAGCUAUAAUGUUAGAAUAGAAGAGAAAGAGCCAUCUGUGAACACGAUUGCCGUUUCUGAUAAAUGUGGGAAACAUUUCUUCCUAAACGGUAACAAUUCAGAGUAUGCGAACGGCGAGUACUCGUUUGGCGAAGGGGUACUUGGUGUGUAUUCGCAUCCAGAGCCUGAGCGCGAGUCUCUCCUUAUUGCGGGUCCCACGGGAGAAGAUCUACUCAUUUAUGCCGUCUUCUAUGGACAUCCGAAUCCAGGCAUAUAUGUGAGUUUUUAUGUACGCAACAGUACCGGAUACAUCCCAACCUAUCGAUGGGAAUUUCUAGAAUGGGAGCCUUGUUCAGCUCGAUGUGGAGGGGGCUCCCAAAUUUCUCGCCCCACAUGCGUAGAGAAACAAGCAGGCAAAGUCAGUGACUCGUUUUGUAAUGCGGUUUGCAAGCCUGAUGCAAAACAUCGUGCAUGUAACAAACAGCUUUGUCCAGCUCGCUGGCACACUGGAGCAUGGAGUCGUUGUUCUGGGUGUCUUAAUCAUCCCGGGAAGCAGAAUCGCUCAGUGGAAUGCAGGAGUGAUAAUCCAAUAAUUCCUGGUGAACCAGUGCUUACUGAAGUAAGUAAAUGUUCAGGUGAACGACCCAAUAAUACUCAAACUUGCGAUAGUGACCAACCAUGUAAAGAUCAACAAGGAACUGAGGAGAAAAGAACAUCUGCUCCCUUUCUCCAGCAAAGCAAACUAACCACCUUGAGUAAUUAUUCUACUUCACAUUUCAUUUCCAAGACAGAUUCAAUCGCAGUUAACACCACAGAACGUCUAACCAAGUCAGUUCCUGUUCUGUCAACUUUAAAUAAAAAUUUAAAGCCACAGUUGCUUCAAACUACUGAUUUCUCACUCUCCAAUGCUGACCACACAACUACCCGCAUCUACAAUUCUGAUUUCCAAUAUAUUUCAGGAUCCUCUAAAUCAAGUAAAUGUUCAUCUAUCUCUCUUAAUAAAUUCAAUGAUCAUGAACCACAACAAAACAUUUCUACAGAAUAUAAUACAUACCGCCGUUUUGCUACAGUUGAUACUUCUUCAGUUAUUUUUAAAUCAGAGUUAACAUCAACAUUUUCAUCUUCAUCCAUUAUUACUCCUGAGCCCAAGGCUAUACCAGUACCAGAAAUGCACAUUUGUGCUUCAUCAACUUCUCCAACGAAGACUGUUGUGGACCGAAUUUCACAAAAUCAGAUAAUUCUCAAGGAAGCUCCUUUAAUUGGAGCCUCGUGCAACAAGAGCUUGUCAGAAAAGGCUGAACAGGAGAUGGGUGAAAACCUGGCUGAUACUUUAGAUACAUCAAAGGAAAAAGUUUUCAAGGGUAAGAAAGCUUUGGAGAGAACCAAAGAAAUAAAACACGAGCAAGAGAAGGAACAUAAGCUUCCUGUUUGA